AUUUCACUGAGCUGCUGCUGUGUCUGUCAGCUGAGAAAAACUGUACUUUAAUCACAAACAUUGGAGUGUAUGUUGCCCAUGAGCGGUGGACGAUGUCUAGCCGGGCUCUGCGAAGGCUCAAGGGGAAGCAGCGGGGUCAGGAGGCCUUGGACUUCGGGGAUGUAACUUUGGGUGACAGCCCGGAGGAGCAGGCUGAGGCUGAAGAGGAGCAGCUGGACGAGGCUAGUGUUUCUCCCCCGACUGAAAGCAAAGGCAGCAGCCGAAAGGCAAAGAAAAACAAAGCUCAGAAGAACUUCAGCAACAUUUUUGAACUGAUCGGUGACGCAGACAAUGAGGCAGAGAAAACAUCCCCCGAUGAAGAGGCAGAGAAACCAGAUGGAAAUAAAACAAGCGGCACGGGAAAGAAUGACAACAAAGACGUUAAGAAACCAGAUCGACAGCACGAGGAAGCGUCCGCCAAGUCAUCGUCUGGAGACAGAGUUAAAAAGAAGAAGAAAAAGAAGAAAACAAAAAUGACAUCAGAAGAUGGCCAGGAAGCAGCAGCAGAUGAUAACAUUGAUUUAUUGCUGGAGAAUCUGGAGCAGUCCAACGGUCUGAGUUUGCAAAGUGAGGAUUGUGGAGGAUUUGACAGAAAGUCUGUGCUGCACGUGGAACACAGGAACCUCAAUCCAGAGACGGAGCUGAAGAGAUAUUUUGGGGCUCGAGCUGUUCUCGGAGAUCAAAGGCCUCGACAAAGAAACAGGCAGUUCCACCGCAGCACGUGGAUGACCAGUCCCAAGGACAGCUGGCCUCGCUUCAGCCGCCCAGGAUUAAGCGUGCGCUUGUCACUGAGCAGGCCAAGCGUGACCACGAUCUGCACCACCACGACUGGGUUUACAAAAACAGAACCCCACGCCUUUGUCCAUGUCAGUCAGUUUGACCGUUGUCUCCUCCUCUUUUCUCUUCAGGCCCUGCUGCAGCUCAACCCCUACCACAUCGAUUCCUUGCUCCAACUUUCUGACGUCUGCCGCAUACAGGAGGAUCAGGAGAUGGCCAGGGACCUCAUCGAGAGGGCCCUGUACAGCUUUGAGUGUGCUUUUCAUCCGUUAUUCAGUCUGACAUCAGGGGCCAGCAGACUGGAUUAUCUGAGACCAGAAAACAGAGCAUUUUAUCUGGCUCUUUACAAGCACAUGAUGUUCCUGGAGAAGAGAGGAUGCCCGCGGACGGCUUUGGAGUACUGCAAACUAAUCCUGAGCUUGGACCCAGACUCCGACCCACUGUGCAUGCUCCUGCUCAUUGAUUUCCUGACGCUGCGCUCUCGAGAGUACCAGUCUCUCCUUCAGUUGUACCAGGACUGGGAGGAGCACAGAAAUCUGUCUCAGCUGCCAAACUUUGCGUUCUCCUCUGCACUUUGCCAUUUCCAUCUCAGUCAGCAGGAAGAUAUGGACACUGAAGAAAGUGAAAAACAAAGACAGAAAGCUGACCUCAUGCUGCAGGAUGCUCUCAUCAUGUUUCCUGGAGUCUUGAUGCCUUUACUGGAUCUGUGCACCGUGCAGCCAGAUGCAACAGUCACCGCUCACAGCUUCUUUGGCCCAAAGAGUCAGUUAGGGCAGCCCCCAGCUCUGGCUGAACUCACAGCUCUGUACGUUGGCAGAACGUACAACCUGUGGAGGGAGGCAGCAGUAAUGCUUUGGUUGGAAGAGUCUGUGAAGGAGGUGCUGUGUCGAGUUGAUGCCAAAGAUCCUCUAGUUGAAGACUGCCAAAACAAGAGAAAGCAGAGGUACCAGAGUGCACCGAGGAACAUCCAUCGCCACGUCCUCCUCUCUGAGAUCAAAGAAGCCACCUCAAGUCUGCCUCUAGAGGUGACCACUCAACCCGUGAUGAGUUUUGACCCUCUGCCUCCUCUGGACUCAGUGAUGUCAUAUACCCGUCCAGAGAGGCAGCAUGCUGGCGCGUCCAAUGAGAGCACGUUAUCACUGUUUCUCCGGUCUUUGCUGCCAAACUUCAACCUUCAGGGUGCACCCAGGCAGGAGGAUGGCAUGGAAGUGGCUCGAGCCGGACAGGAACUCAACCAGGAACUGAAUCGCCUAAUGGUGGCAAUGAGGGACAUGCUGGCAAACAUCCGGUUUCAGGAGCCACCGAGGGAGGACAACCCCUACAGAGACGAGGAGGAAUGGGACUGAGAGGAGAGAGGAGAGGCAGAGGUGGAAUAAGUGCUGAAAAGAUCGACAUGAAAUAGACAAAGAAACUUUAAUGGUGUUCCUGAUUGAGAGGAGGUGAAGUGGGACGGCUGAAUGGUGUUUUUUUAAUUGUCAUAAUUUCAGAAUACUAAACUCACUGAUUAAAAAAAAAAAAAAAGUUCUGGGAAAUAUUCUGCAAUCCAGACACUUGUGAACACGAGUAGCUUCAUUCCAUUGUCAGAAAACAGUCAGUUUGGUCUCCAGGGUCGACAGUUUUAUUAGUUCCAGCAUCUCAAGCCAUCGUGAGGUAACAUCAGUGAGUGUUACUCGUCUUUCUCUGGUUUUUCUAACUGAGUUUUUCAUGUUCACACCGUGGACAGCUUUAUGAGGUUCAAACUGUUCUUAUGUUCAAUAGAAGUUGUUUAUCACGAAUCCAAAACCUUGCUUUGGCAGCACUUUAGUACAAAUCGGGGUUUUUUUUGCCACAGAAUCAGCAAAAAACAAAUGUUUUUAUUGACUCCUGUCGCUUAAAACACAUCUUUGGGAAAAUCAGUGCAUUGAAGUGCAAAGGGUAAAAAUGAAGCCUUUAACUAUUACGUUGAACACGCUUGUUGCUUUACUUGAAUAUGAAAAUGUGUAAUUGUUUAAUACACAGCCCAGAAAGGCUUUUUAAAAAUCCGGUAAUCCCGUUUUUCCAAAUUGAAUAUCAGCCUGUUUUGUUGUGACACGCAUUCGGUAAGUCGAACCUGCCUUCAGGUCUUUUAUUAUCUUCACAGAAAACGAGUCGUUAAUUUAUGACCUGCUGCUGACUCACAUCCUCCCAAACGUUCAGGAGAGAUGCAUUUGUAAAGAAACGUAUUUUUGCAGGUUUGCUGUAAUCAUCAUCAUCUUG